UCAUUAUUUUGAAGGGACUAAGUCAUUAUUUCAAGUGUAUUUUAGCCUUAAUGCAGGAGCUGAGCUGGAAAUAACAAGAGCAAAUAAAAAUACACAAUCUUGCCAAAAUUCAUGCCAAAUGCAUUGAACACAGCCAAAACUAUUAACAAAUGAAGAAUGAAAAGCAUGUGAAAUGUGCUCAACCUGCCCUGAGGGUAUUGUUGCUGGCAAAAAUAAGAAAACUCAAUCAAUAGAUGUUUUUAAUGCACCUUUAACAUCUGAAUUUCCACUCUGGGUUCAAUAAAAGUUUAAUCUUCUUGAUCUCUGUCUGUCUCUGUCUCUCUCUCACUCUUUCACACAUGCUCUCUCUCUCUCACACUUCCUGUCAAACUGUGAGGCCACCUCUGUAAUAUUCUCUCUGUGUCUGUGUUCUCUCACACUCGGCACUCACACCUCCAUGUGUUGAUCUCUCUCUGUCUCGAACCGUCUGUGUGCUGCCGCAGACUUGAGGCAUAAAACAUCAGCUCCACAUCUGGACGUCUGUCUAUGGCUCCUGGAUCACGUCUCUCGGGUUGUGAACAGCUGCUGCCGUUCUUAGAAAUGAAGCUGUUCUGAGAAAGCAGAAAAAGCAGAAGCUGCUGCUGAGAGACUCUUGGUGCCUCGGUGGAUGUCCGUCCGGUGCAGUCUCUGGUCGCCAUGGCUGCAGCUAUGCCGGUGUUUUACCACGGAGCCAUCACCAAGGCGCAGUGUGAGGAGCUGCUGGGGAAGAAGAACAAGGACGGAGCCUACCUGGUCCGAGACAGCGAGACCAUCCAGGGAGCCAUGUGCCUGUGUGUUUAUAAAAAGAAGGUGGUGUAUACCUACAGACUGCUGCAGACACACUCCGGACACUAUACUCUCAUGACUGCAGGAGGUGCAGAUGAGAAGUUUUUCAAGACUCUGGAAGACCUGAUCCUCCACUAUAAGAAGAAGAACCAGGGCCUGGCGAUACAUCUUCGCCACUCUCUCAAAAGGAAGAUCGCCAUGUUGAACCGGCCCCAUUUACACCCGGAGUUCCAAGAGGCUCAGAGGAAGCAGCUGCCUGUACCUAAAGAAGAAGAAGAAGAAGUAGAAGAAAAAGAAGAAGAACCCGACUAUGAAAAUGCUCCCAACUCACCUGAUUACGUUGAAGUCUUGCCGGACACAUGAGGAGACGGGAAGGAACAUUUUUUGGGGGGAAGUCUGAGAUAAAACAACAGGUUCACAGCCUGGAACAAAGUCUGAAGAAUGCAAAAUGAACAUGGACAUAUAGAUAAUUGCAUAAACACAAGGAUGCUUCUGCUUCUUGACUUUAGCUUUUCCAGACUGAAAUAUCUCAACAACUUUUGAAUGGAUUACUUUGAAACGACUCCCAGAAGAUGGGGAAGAACUCCUUAACCUUUUUGUGAAUUGCAAAGCUGGU